AUGGAGUUGUCGCUGGCCACGCGACGCCGCCUCUUCUGCUGGGCCGAACUCGAUUUGGCGGAGGGCCUCGUCUCGUUCUCCUCGAAGGACGAAUCCACCAGCAUCCUCGCCGCCGCCGCAGCCCCCAGAUCGUCCACAGACCUGAUCAUAAUCGUGGGCGAGGCUGAUCCAGUUUUGAUGUUCGGGGAAGACGAUGAAGAUGAGGAGGAUGAGGAUGGUGAUUGGAGCAGUUCGAAAUUUGGGGCUGGUGGGGAUGGUGAUUGGUUGGACGAGGAUUGUAUUAAAUCUGUAGAAAAUCGAGAGGACAUGGGCAAGCAAAAGAAGAAGCCCGUCUUUGAGAGGUUAGCCAUCAACAACGCCAUUGUUCUGGACUCAUUAGAGGAAGAACCAGAGCUGACCGACUUACAUGCUAAACUGAGGAAAACCAGCGUUGAGCAAACCGAACCUUCAAAAACAAUAGAAGCUUGUACAACAACGACGAAAGGUGAAGAUGAAUGGGAAGAUGAUGUUUUGGCCAAAAAUCGUAUGCUGUCAGAAUUAUUGUGCAUUUUGAAGCUUUAA